GGUUAUGUUUAUGUUGUUGUUGAUAUUUAAUUAUUUGAGUGUUUCAUAGCGGAGCGAGCUUUUUUAUACCCUUACCCUACCCAUAAUUAUGCUAAUUGCAUGAUUCGCUUACAUUCUAAGGGGUAAAACCGAUCCUUUGAUUUCUUGACAUGGUCUCAACUAGAGGAGGAAUAAAACUGAAAUUUUACGAAGGCGAAAGAGUACUUUGUUAUGAACCUGAUCCAACUAAAGCCAAAGUGUUAUACGAUUCUAAGGUUUUAGAUGUUGUCAUAACUAAAGAUAGUCGUGGUCGGAAAAAUGUGGAAUAUUUAAUACACUUUCAGGGUUGGAACUCGUCAUGGGACAGGUGUGUACGUGAAGAGUAUGUACUCAAAGAUACACCUGAAAAUCGACAAUUACAAAAAGAUUUAGCAGAAAAAUCACAACUUCACAUAGGUGCAUACUUGUAUCGAAAAGAAAGGAAGAAACUAAUUAGGAAAAGUAAUGAACCUAUUGCUCAUUCGUCAGAGGAUGGAAGUGUGGGCAGUCCAACACAAUUGGACACCGAUGAAUCCAGCCACAGUUCUGAGGAGGAUUCAUCAUUGGAGGAUGACAUGUUUCCUAUUGAACUGAGCCAAGAUUUAAAAGAAAUUUUAGAAAAUGAUUACGAAAACAUUAAUAAUCAAAAUAAGUUAAUGAAGCUACCUGCAGAACCAAACGUGGUAACAAUUUUGGAGAUGUAUUGGAAACAUUAUGCCACAAGUCUGCUAUGUGGUUUAAAUGAUAAGCCACUUACUAGGCAUAGGAUACCAAGCAAAAUAAGACCCGAAGAUGUUCAGAAAAAUUUAAAUAUUUGUAAAGAAAUGCUAGACGGACUACGAAUAUAUUUUGAUUUUACACUGAAAGAUUUGCUGUUGUAUGACAAAGAACGCAAUCAAGUCGAAACUGCUCAAGCUGUAGUUUUUCCAAAUGACAGUACCGUAAAGCACGAAUUGAAUGUUAAACAAGAACUAGAAGACUUAGAGUACGCUCACUUACCAAACAUGGAUGCAGAUGAGGAUAAUUACAACAACCAUGACGGAGGUCAUAAUCAUUCCAAUAAUAUUGGCCACCGAACUAUCAAGCGUAGACGAGGUUUGAGAUCUGAAAGAACCGCCGAGGUUCAUACUAACGGCAACUUAGAUGAUUCUUCUUCAUACAAUAAUACCUCUACGUCAAGGGCGACUAGGAAUUCUGACACGAUGUCGGUUAGUGUUACCAAAUUUUUCUCGUGGAAACUGCUUCCUGAACAUGUUUUUAUCCAACAGCCACUACCACCGUCAUUACUGUAUGGUGCUACACAUCUAUUGCGUUUAUUCGUGAAAUUACCCGAACUGUUAAAUACGUGUACUAUGGCCGAAAAUAAACUGAAAGUAUUACAUGGGCAUCUAGAGUCGUUUAUGGAUUUCUUAAGUCAUCAUAAGGAGUGGUAUAGUGAUAGAUUUUAUAAUGAUUGAACACAAGUAAUGUUGGAAGUUAUGUAUUUGGUAACAAAUAAAUUAUGUAAAUUCGUCACAAUUAUAAAAAUAUAAAAUAAGUUCACUGUUAACAGUAACAGCAUGUGGUAAGUAGUGUUAGUUUUAUUUAUUUCAUUUUUUUAAUAAUACUGUGUACAAUGAAUUACCUAACAUUACAAUUUCGCUGCACACUAUGUGCAUUGUACAAAUAAAAUGGUACUAAACUGCAAAUACAUGAUCAAAUAAUACAUUGGUCUAAGCACAAAUCACAUCUGGUUUCAAUGAAUAAACAGUGGUCCAAUUCAGUUAGAUAGAAGGCAUUCUACAGUUUGUUAUAGGUUGCGGUUUUUACCAACUCUCAUGGUACUUCUUUGCACGAGUUUUUUGGUAUUGGUUUGGUUUGACAUUUGACUUACCUGAUGAAUGGCUGUGAUCACGAUGAAUUCGAAACUACCCUUAAGCUAAGUUCAGUUUAAAUGGCCACGAAAAACAAAAAUCAUUCUUUUGUUUCUUAUUUAUGUAAGAAUAGAUUUGUCACCUCUAAUUUAAGUCUAUAAAAAAAUUGGUCCGGCCA